AACAGACAUCAUUUCUCCCCGAAACAGAAACAAACAGUAAGGAAAUAAAACUGUGAGCUCUGUUUACCAGGCAAGAAAAUGAAGUUCGUUACCGGUUUCCUGCUCUGGCAAGCCGCGUCCAAUGGAGCCUGCCCUUUCUUUUCGCUCUCUAACAUCGGCCAAUCCGAUGCACCACUUCCCUUGGAUGCGGUCCCAGUUGAUGGAUUCUGACAUGGACUAUGAGAGGCCAAACGUUGAAACGAUAAAGUGUGUGGUCGUCGGGGACAACGCCGUGGGGAAGACUCGUCUUAUCUGUGCCCGUGCCUGUAAUGCCACCCUCACCCAAUACCAGCUGCUUGCCACCCAUGUGCCCACUGUCUGGGCUAUAGACCAGUAUAGAGUCUGCCAAGAGGUUCUGGAACGUUCCAGGGAUGUGGUGGAUGACGUCAGUGUGUCCCUGCGCCUCUGGGACACGUUUGGAGACCAUCACAAAGACAGACGCUUCGCAUAUGGAAGGUCUGACGUGGUGGUGCUGUGCUUCUCCAUCGCCAACCCCAACUCUCUCCAUCAUGUCAAGACCAUGUGGUACCCAGAGAUCAAGCACUUCUGCCCGCGUGCACCCCUCAUACUGGUGGGCUGCCAGCUCGACCUGCGUUACGCUGAUCUAGAGGCCGUGAACCGGGCUCGCCGCCCUCUGGCCAGACCCAUUAAGUCCAAUGAGAUCCUGCCUCCAGAGAAGGGCCGUGAGGUUGCUAAGGAACUGGGAGUGCCGUAUUACGAGACCAGCGUGGUUGCCCAGUUUGGAGUCAAGGACGUUUUUGACAACGCCAUCCGCGCCGCCCUCAUUUCACGGCGGCACCUGCAGUUCUGGAAAUCCCACCUGCGUAACGUGCAGAGACCCCUCCUUCAAGCGCCUUUCCUUCCCCCGAAACCUCCCCCGCCCAUAAUCACCGUCCCCGCGCCCCCCAGCAACAUUGAGGAGCACCCUGGACGCCUCCUGGAGGACCCGCUCUGUGCCGACGUCAUUCUCGUCCUGCAGGAGCGACAGAGGAUCUUCGCCCACCGCGUCUACCUGGCGACCGCCUCUUCGAAGUUUUACGACCUGUUCCUGACGGAGCCUCGGUCGGACGAAGCCGAGCGACCCGCGCGCUGCCACGCCCUCUCCGGGCGGGACCUGCUGAUGCGGGCGGCCAGUUUCGAUGUGUGCGAGACCAGCGAGGACGGAGACAGGGCCAACCUCCGAGCGUGCACCAGCGACGGGACGCUGAGGGGCGGGGAGACGGAUCGGCGAGGGGGUCGGCUCCUGCCCGGGUUCAGCCGCGCCUUCGUCAGCAUCCAGGAGGAGCUGGUCGACGACCCCCUGACCUUUAACCCCAGGCCAAUGACGGUGGUCCACAUGGACCCGUCCAUGCAGACGGGCCCGUUCCGGGCGGUUCUGAGGUACCUGUACACGGGUCAGCUGGAUGAGCACGAGAAGGACCUGAUGCAGAUCGCUCACAUCGCUGAGCUGCUGGAGGUGUUUGACCUGCGCAUGAUGGUGGCCAACAUCCUGAACAACGAGGCCUUCAUGAACCAGGAGAUCACCAAAGCCUUCCACGUCCGCCGCACCAACCGCGUCAAAGAGUGUCUCAGUAAAGGGACGUUCUCCGAUGUGGUGUUCAAACUGGAUGAUGGCACCAUCAUGGCCCAUAAGCCUUUGCUCAUCUCCAGCUGUGAUUGGAUGGCAGCUAUGUUUGGCGGCCCGUUUGUGGAGAGCAGUACAAAAGAGGUGUUGUUCCCUAACACCACACGGAGUUGCAUGCGGGCGGUAUUGGAGUAUUUGUACACUGGUCGGUUCUGUUCCCGCCCAGACUUGGACGCUAUGGAACUUAUUGUUCUGGCCAAUCGUCUUUGUCUGCCUCACCUGGUCGCCCUGACAGAGCUGUACACAGUGACAGUGCUGAUGGAGGCAGCGAUGAUGGGGACGGAUAUUGACGGAGAGGUGCUGGUGUACCUGGACGUAGCACAGUUCCACUGUGCUCAGCAGCUGACAGGUUGGUGCCUCCACCAUAUCUGCACCAACUACAACAGCGUGUGUCGAAAAUUCCCACGAGACAUGAAAGCCAAGUGUUCAGAAAACCAAGAUUACUUUGAGAAGCAUCGAUGGCCUCCCGUGUGGUACCUGAAAGAGGACGAUCACUACCAGAGAGCUCGGAAGGAGCGGGAGAAAGAGGACUACCUGUAUCAGAAACGACAGUGCAAACGCAAGUGGUUCCUCUGGAACCUUCCAUCCUCCCCUUCUUCCAACUCCCCGUCCUCUCCGGGCUCUUCUGCUGUCAUCUGAUUGGUUCUCAGGGUGUAAGCUCCACCUUCGUGGGAGGGGGGAGGAAAGAGUAGAGUCUGCUGCAUUGGCUGUGGUGGCCAUCUUGGCUCAACAAUUUGGGCCCU